GAAUUUUAUUUUUGCCGAUAUUUGGGCUCUCGCUAACGUAAAACCCGGAACUAUAAUAUCCCAAACUUUCCCUUUCUGAACAAUUUUUUUUCCCUUUUUUUUUGGGAUCUUUGGAUUUUUGAUUCGGACCUUGUGUUCGCCGCCGGUGGACGCCGGCGAGCGUUCAAUUCGGUUCUUGAUUGCAUUUUGAUUCUGCUGUUUGUUUGGAGGUUUUGGCAGAGAAUCAGCGAGUGAGAGUUGAGUGAGAGAAUGCCUUGUUUGUCAGUGUAACUGCAGAAAUUAAGCGCGAAGAGGCUCUGAUUGGCGGUAUUUUAGGGAUUUUGAUUGCUGUUGCUUUUGGUUGCCAUUGCUGUGAGAGUGUGAUUAAAGCGAAGAUUUCUUGAAACGGAAAAUUUUGAGGAAAAAGAGUGGGGAAUUCGCCGUUGACAGCCAAAUAGUGCGCCUGAUUUCAGUUCGAUUUUCGGUGGAUAAGCUUCUGAGGAACCUAAGAGAGUAAAAAAGGCAAAGUUGAAGGAAAAUGUUUACAUGCAUAGCAUGUACGAAACAGACAGACGACGGGGGUGAGGAUGGGGCUGCGCGUGGUAGUGGCACGCCUAGUACAAAGGAAGCCGUCAAAAGCCUGACAACACAGAUUAAGGACAUGGCGUUGAAAUUCUCCGGUGCUUAUAGACAGUGCAAACCCUGCACAGGCUCCAGUAGCUAUAAGAAAGGACAGCGACCUUACCCAGAUUUUGACACUGCUUCAGAAGGGGUUCCAUACCCCUACAUAGGAGGGGCAAGUGCAAGCUCAACCCCUGCCUGGGACUUCCCUCGUGUUAAUCGCCAUCCACAUACCAGAUCUGACUCUAGAUUUAAAGGGGUCUUCCGAGGAGAUCAGACUCCUGGAGCCGAUUCCUCCAUAUCAGCAUGUGAUGUGGUGCUCGAGGAUGACGAUGAGUCGAAAGAGUGGAUGGCACAGGUGGAGCCUGGUGUUCACAUCACUUUUGUGUCCCUACCCAAUGGAGGCAAUGAUUUAAAACGAAUUCGUUUCAAUCGAGAAAUGUUUAACAAAUGGCAAGCUCAGCGUUGGUGGGGCGAGAACUAUGACAGAAUAACGGAGCUCUAUAAUGUCCAGAGAUUCAACCAGCAAGCUCUUCAUACGCCACCAAGAACUGAGGACGGGAGGGAUUCUUCUUACUCAAAGAUGGGAAGGGAUAGUCCGAUGACUUCAGGGAACAAAGAUUGGACGCCAAGAAACUAUAAACCUUCUGGGAGUAAAGGAUUUCCAUCUGACCAGCAUUUUGACCAAGGAAGCAGUCACCAUUAUGCAGGUUCAAGUGCCUAUCCAGCAGGUAGCGCGAAAGGCGACAUGUCGUCUAUGGAAGCAUCACGCACAACUACUUCUUCUAGAGACGAGCCUUCAAUUUCCAUUAGCAAUGCAAGCGACAUCGAGGCGGAGUGGGUCGAGGAAGAUGAUCCUGGGGUCUAUAUAACUAUCAGGCAGCUUGUUGAUGGCACUAGAGAGCUUCGUCGUGUCAGAUUCAGCCGUGAAAAGUUCGGGGAAAUGAACGCGAAGCAAUGGUGGGAUGAGAACAGGGAAAGGAUCCAAGCUCAAUACCUUUAACUUACUUAUUCAUGUUCCAAAAAUUUUGUCUUUAGAAUGUAAUAUUCAACAAAAAGCCAUCAGCUGGAUAUAGAGUUCUUUUGCUAAGGAAAUUUACUCACCACCAGCGACAUAUACAAAACCAAGUUUCUGAUUUUCCUAUCAGAAUUCUGCAAGCCA